AUGGAUUCCUCAACUGCUGCUUCUACUGCCACCCAUAUCUCAGCUUUCUCUGAUGAGGACAUCAGCAGGAUCCUAGGUACAGUGGAGGGUGAUAUGGCAUUUCUGCAUGUACCAACAUCUAUGGAUAUACAAAGACAAUUUGAAUACGAAUCAAAACGCCUUCUCUCACUCAGUUUGCACCUAUCUACAUUGGGUGAAUACUACAAGACAUCGCGAAUCCCGAGGGGCAUGCGCAUACAGCCGCGGGAUAACGCGCACAUGGGGAACCCUGAAUUUCGUCAACGCUACGAGAUGAUCGCCAACAGGUACUCCCUUGAUCUAAUACUACUGAAUAUGGAAUUUUUACAGAGAGAUGUUGCUGUUUCUAAAGAAAAAACCAAGAGUGCAGAGAUCACCCUCAAAUCACUGCUUAUCGACAACGACUUUGAGAAAAUCCAGUCUAAACAUGUAUCAUACCUACAAAAGGUGAAAUCUGAUCUAGAAAAUGUCAAGAAACACAAAUGGUUCAGAGACACAGCGGACUACGCCAAUAAUAAAGUAUACCUCUGGGGUAUGCAGACCUCUACUACCAGGAGAUCCCCUAGAAGAUCCAAAGAUGAAAGAGUGAAUAUACAAAAUGGACAGAUGAAUAUAUCACAGCCUUCUACAGUCUCUAGUCCUUUACCCCACGAUUUUUUAGGACUGCACCCACACGCAAGCGAUGCCCCACCAGACGAGGAGGCCGGCACCACCAGUGGGCACAUAAAAACAAGACAACGUGCCCCGAAGACAUUUCAGAACAGGGUCAACCCAAAAAAGAAGUGAUUUCAAGCAAUA